GGUCAGAAGGCGGAGGUGCGCCCAAGAUGGCGGCCUCCAUGUGCGACGUGUUCUCCUUCUGCGUGGGCGUGGCAGGCCAGGCCCGGAUUGCCGUAGAAGUCCGAUUUGUGAGCAGCUCCAAGGGGAAGGGCCUAUUUGCCACACAACUUAUCCGGAAAGGGGAGACCAUCUUCGUAGAACGGCCCCUAGUGGCUGCACAGUUUCUCUGGAAUGCACUUUAUCGCUACCGAGCCUGCGACCAUUGCCUCCGGGCACUGGAAAAGGCAGAGGAGAAUGCUCAGAGGCUGACUGGGAAACCUGGCCAGGUACUGCCUCACCCUGAGCUAUGCACUGUGCGCAAGGACCUCCACCAGAACUGUCCCCACUGCCAGGUGAUGUACUGCAGUUUAGAAUGUCGGCUAGCAGCUGCUGAGCAAUACCAUCGAGUCCUGUGCCCAGGCCCCUCCCAGGAUGACCCCCUGCACCCUCUCAAUAAGCUUCAGGAAGCAUGGAGAAGCGUUCACUACCCCCCUGAGACUGCCAGCAUCAUGUUGAUGGCCCGGAUGGUGGCCACAGUAAAGCAGGCUAAGGAUAAGGAUCGGUGGAUCAGACUCUUCUCCCAGUUCUGUAAUAAAACAGCCAAUGAGGAGGAGGAAAUUGUCCACAAACUCCUGGGGGACAAAUUCAAGGGCCAGCUGGAACAUCUGCAGAGACUCUUCACAGAGGCCCUUUAUGAGGAAGCACUCAGCCAGUGGUUCACUCCAGAUGGAUUCCGGUCUCUCUUUGCUCUUGUUGGGACCAAUGGCCAAGGAAUUGGGACCAGCUCCCUGAGCCAGUGGGUCCAUGCCUGUGACGCUCUGGAGCUGAAGCCUCAGGACCGCGAGCAGCUGGAUGCCUUCAUUGACCAGCUGUACAAGGACAUCGAGGCAGCAACUGGAGAGUUUCUUAACUGUGAAGGAUCAGGCCUCUUUGUGCUUCAGAGCUGCUGCAACCACAGCUGUGUCCCCAAUGCAGAGACCUCCUUCCCAGAAAACAACUUCCUUUUGCAUGUCACCGCCCUGGAAGAUAUUAAGCCAGGAGAGGAAAUCUGUAUCAGCUACUUAGACUGCUGUCAGCGGGAGCGCAGCCGCCACAGCCGCCACAAGAUCCUCAGGGAGAACUAUCUGUUUGUCUGUUCCUGCCCCAAAUGUCUGGCAGAGGCUGAUGAACCCAAUGUGACCUCAGAGGAGGAGGACGAAGAGGAAGAAGAAGAGGAAGGAGAGCCAGAAGAUGCAGAGCUGGGGGAUGAGAUGACUGAUGUGUGAUGUUGCCCUGCCUGGAAGGGGCCCUACCCCAGACCCUGUCUUAAAAGGGGGCUGCCUCCCAGAGAAGAGGUUUGGAAGCAACUCCCUACUCCCGUUGCCUGCUUCCCCUUAUCCCAGCCCUGUUUUCUGCUGGAGGGUAAAACAAAGGCUGGACUCUAGAUGCUCCACCCCCCACCAGAUGUCAUGCCCUGGACACUGCUGCUGAGUGGCUCAGGUUCUGCAUUGUCACUGAGCCUCAGAACUGGCUUCCUCAUGAAUUACUCCACUCUAGGGUGUGAGCAGCUGGAAUCAAGGUCAGGGCUGAACAGUGCUUCUUCCCCUUGGCCCCACUGCCACACUUACCCAUUCACCUGAGGCUUUACCCCUCUCAACUUGCUAUGGAGAGGGUGACAAAGUGGCAGUCUAAGAACAGCUGUACUUCAUUGAAGAAAGAGAAGGUAAGAUGCCUUCAUCUUCUUCCCCAUCUCCCACCACUGUAGCUGAUAAAGCGACUGCCUGACCACUGGCACAGCUGGGAGAGGCAGGAAGGAAGAAUUGGGCCUCCAGAGCACCUUCCCUAAGAGUCUGUGCCGGGGAACACUGAACCAGGGGGAUUACCUCCCUCUCCCAACUCCUACCAUUUGGACAUCUGAGGGAGUGGAGAUUAACCCCUUCCCCAAACUCCAGAAUCUCUGUACCUUGUGCCUUGACUCUCAGGCCCCAGCAUGGUGGCUAGCCCUGUGAAGUAUGAAGAGACCUCUUCCUCCCUCAAGAGAGGUGUGUAGGGUAUCAUCACCCCUUCCUCACAGUCUUCUUCCCACUGAGGACUCCAGCACCCCUGGGGGGCAACAGGUCUGUGCUCCUUAAUUUAGGAUGUUCUAGUCUUCCCUGGGACCACUUGAGCAUGGGUCAGUGGGGGGCUCUCUGGCCUCAGUCUCCAUCUUUAGGGUCUCCACAGGGGAGCAUUGAAGUCUUCCAGAAACCCAAGGAGCUGGGCAAGAUCCUUGGAGAUUAGCCCUAUGUCCCCCUGCCCCCAGAUGAGCACUACCCCUCACUCCUGGAUUGGGCGCUGUGGGAAUUAUAAUCCAUCAUGCACAAUUCCUUUCUGCCUACCUUCCCUGAGGGGCCUGCCACAUCCCCCUGCUGAGGGAUCCCAGGCAGGCAGGGGUCUGCCACACAGGCCCUUUCCUGAAUCAUGAGCCAGGUAUAACUUACCUAUCUGGCCUGUUGAGUUCUUAUUCCUUCACAGCAGCCAGCAUCCCCUCCCACCCCUGCCUGCCUACUCUUCUCAAUAAAAUGAGUGGUGACAGG